AGCAGACAAUUGCUAACAAUCGACGAUGACAUCGAAUCGAUGACAGUAGAGAUAAUGAGUUCGAAAGCUGUGAUUAGUUUAGAAAAUAUAUACCCGAAGUGCAUAGUGAGAGUGCCGAUGUACAGCUGAUUAGAUAGUUUAAUAUGUGUACCGAAGAAAAGAUGCCUCUUCGAACUUUUUUUACUAGCCGCAAAUGGUUGUCAGCUCUAAUCACAAGUUAACCUCAAUUGUACAGUAAAUUAAAUAGAGAAAAAAACAUCAAGUGCCAUAGGGUGGAGAUAAUCACUUAGAAUUCAUUGAACGCCAUGGAGAACUUAUCCAGAUUUGGUUCCGAAUACAUUCCCCUCGUCAGCGAAACAUCUACGAGGUUACGUUUGCUCAUACCUUUUUCGAGGAUCGCCUGGUUUACCGUCUCCCUGCCGUUCUUAGGUUUUGUCUUCUGUGUCUGCUGGUCUAUACUGUAUAAUUUCAAAGAAGCUAAUUUCACACAUUGCGAGGUGUACAAUUUUCUGCCAUCAAUUUCCGCUGCCAUCGGGCACUACAAGCCUCAAAGCGACGUCUGGAAGGCGGCAAUUGCCAUCCAAGCACACACCAGGGUACUCGUUCUGAUCAUGUACUAUCGACACUAUAAGGAAACGGUAUAUAAGUGGGCGCAGUUUGUUUCUCGCAUAGCUCUGGCCGCUUAUGCGAUCGAAAACACUGCUCUGGUUACUCUAAGUUUUUGGUCCUCGCACGACAAUUAUGCUCUUCACAAGUUAUCGUUCAUCACCUUCUUGAUAAUGUCUUUGUUGCACAUGAGCUUGUCGUGCAUGAUAACGAGGAGUUGUAGAAGCCCGGCUAAAGAUGCAGUUGAGGCAAGUUCAUUCAAAUGGAAAUGGCGUAUGCUGUUCGCUAACGUGUCUUCGAUACUAUUGGCGUGCUAUUUUUUCUAUAGGCAUAAUAAAUACUGCGAGGCGAACGUGUACUCCCUCUUUGCCAUGUCAGAGUAUAUGGUUGUUCUGACCAACAUGGGAUUUCACAUGACUGCGGCUUGGGAUUUCGCAGGAAGGAAAUUUUUAAUAUCUUUAAAGGGUCUGAGAAUAAUCUGAUUAUCCAUAUGAUCGUAACAUUUAUUUAUAUACAUAUAUUGUACAUUUAUGUAGAGAUAUCGAGAUUCUCACGCAGGUUUGGACAUUAAAUGUACAGAUUCCUUUUUGUACGUAUUUUUAUAUAUCUUCUAAUCUUAUUAGAAUCUGCCAUGUAAUGUCCAGUUUUUCGUGAAAAUUCCCGGACAUUUUUCAUAAUACCAUAUUUAUCGAUAUUUUAUUGUACUGUAUUAUGUAUAACGUUAAA